GUCAGGAGCCUCAGAAGUGGGCGGGACCUGAGGUCUCUGCUGAGGGAGGCGGAGUCAGGAGCCUCAGAAGUGGGCAGGACCUGCAGCCAAAUUAAAGCAGCACAGUGAAGAGUGGACUUCAAACAGACCCAGCCACCCCCCACCCCCCGCCUCCCCUCCCCCGGCUCCCGUCUGAGUCUCCAUCCUUCCCUCUGAAGUCCAGGGGCAGAAUCAGACGGCUAAUUAAGGCAGCUGAUAAUGAGGCAGGAGACGGUUCUGGCAGACUCUCUUCAUCUGUGGAUCGGCUCUCUGUUGCUCUGGUCUGCGCUCCUACAUCCACACUUGUUUGAGCUGAUGUUUGCAAGGCUGGCUUUCAUGCUGAAGCCUCCAUGGAGGCGGCACUUGGACGCUGUGGCCGUGAGCAGGGGAGAGACUCAGGUCAGUGAGACUCGGGUCAGUGAGACUCGGGUGCCUGAUACUCGGGUCAGUGAGACUCAGGUCAGUGAGACUCGGGUCAGUGAGACUCCGGUGCGUGAUAUUCGUGUCAGUGAGACUCGGGUCAGUGAGACUCGGGUCAGUGAGACUCGGGUCAGUGAGACUCGGGUCUGUGAGACUCGGGUCAGUGAGACUCGGGUCAGUGAGACUCGGGUCCGUGAGACUCGGGUGCGUGAUACUCAGGUCAGUGAGACUCAGGUCAGUGAGACUCGGGUCAGUGAGACACGGGUCAGUGAGACACGGGUGCGUGAUACUCAGGUCAGUGAGACUCAGGUCAGUGAGACUCGGGUCAGUGAGACACGGGUCAGUGAGACACGGGUCCGUGAGACUCGGGUCAGUGAGACUCGGGUCAGUGAGACUCGGGUCAGUGAGACUCGUGUCAGUGAGACUCAGGUCAGUGAGACUCGGGUCAGUGAGACUCGGGUCCGUGAGACUCAGGACCGUGAGACUCAGGUGCGUGAGACUCAGGUGCGUGAGACUCAGGUGUGUGAGACUCUGGUGCCUGAUACUCGUGUCAGUGAGACUCAGGACUGUGAGACUCAGGUCAGUGAGACUCGGGUCAGUGAGACUCGGGUCAGUGAGACUCAGGACUGUGAGACUCAGGUGUGCGAGGUCCUGGCCUACAGAGCAGAGGACAGACCCAUGAAGCCGCUGGGCUGGGCGCAGCACCAUGGACAGCUCUCCUGGGCUGAGGUCUGGCUGCUCCUGGAGCUUCAUCAGGAGCUGGGUCUCCAGCCCCUGAGCCAGGAAACGAAGACCUGAGAAGACCGGUGAGCGGCUUCUGUCUCCGCUGGUGAACUUUCUCCUCACUUUCACGCCUCUCCUCUCCGUGAAGCCUUGUUUCUCCUCGGCCGCUCGGCGCCGCUGCAGCCAGCCAGUGGUUUUCACAGCCACUUUGAUGCGCUGGCUGCCAAGUUAGUGAAACACAGGUGGGAGGAGCACACACUCCUCUGGCGCUCUGUCCAUGGCUCACCUGGACCAGACUGGAAGCCAUUUAGUUUGACGUUUGAACCCUCAAACUGAAGCUUAAUCUUGUGGGAUGCAGCCAAGUGGCACCACUAUGUCAUAUGGUCCUCACAAGGCUAGUCCCUAGGCUAGGCUGUUCCCCACAAAGUAGGAUAAACAAGCGCACACACACACUCUCUCCCCCUCUCUCCCUCUCUCUCGCCCUCUCCCUCUCUCUCUCCCUCUCUCUCUCUCUCCCUCUC